GUAAACAAACAGCUGGUGCGACGCGAAAGGAUCGCAAGCUCACCAAUGGCUUCAAAGUUUGAUAUGUCGCCGGAGAACCUUGAAAACUUUGUGCACGAGAAUCUAAGAGAGGACCUCCGCUUGUGUGAAAAGCAACUGAAUGAGCUAAAUGCCGAGAUUUUGGAGUACGUGCAGCUUAAGAACAUGAUCGAAACGAUUCUUCAGAGCAAAUCCACAGCGGAAGGCUUCAAGACGCGUGUGAAUAUUGGUGGCAACAUGUUUAUGAAUGCCCGUGCCGAUAAUGCGCAGAAUUUACUGGUCGACGUUGGAUUGAAAACUUAUGUUGAAUUCACCAUCGAAGAGGCUCUUCGGUACGUGGACCUGCGGAUCCGGGUGCUGACGAAAAAGGCCGACAUUGUUCGCGAUAAAAGCAUCGAAACGAAAGCGCAAAUCAAACUUGCCCUUCUAGUGAUCGGCGACACGAAUCGAUUGCAUGCCUUGCAAAGCGACCGGUGAACAAGGCUCCGUGUUGCCAACAGGUAAAGGAACGUCCUUAAGAAAAGGGAAAGGGAUGUCCUGAAGUGAUAAAUG